GGUGGCCCCGGCCGUGCGGCGGCGACAUGGGGGAGACGGAUUUGGAGGACGUGGUGCUCUCCUGGUCGGUCCAGGAGAUCAACGACGACCACCUCUACAGGGGCAAGGUUGUGACCAUUCCCUGCAACUUCAAGUCACUUGAUCACUAUCUCGUAUCGUUUCGUGUGCCUCUGAUUGAAGAAACAAGGUCACAUCUAUGCUCAUGCCUUCAACUCAUCAGUGAAGCGCCCUCAUCGAAAAUACUUUCCAUGGAGGUGGCAUGGAAACCGGGGUCAUACUUUAUGGAUGUGGACUUUUGGGAUAGUGAUGCUGGUUUUUCUACUGGGAAUUAUACUGCAAGGAAUGGUGACAUAUUAAUAUUGUCUAGCAUAAAACCUGAAGCUGCAGAGGACUUAAACCACCAUGGUGUGACAUACUGCUUGGCAAUGGUUACUGAGGUUUCUAUGGAUGAUAAAUACCUGAAGGGCUUCAGAGUCAAAGUUGCAAAGAAUAUUGGUUUGGAAGAAGAAGAUUUGAACAAACUCAAACAUGCAAUAUUUCUCAACAAUAUCACGACAAACAUGCAGAUAUGGAAAGCACUUACCUUUGGUACGCACAUGGAUAACAAUUUCACAGUAAUCAAGUCGCUCUUAGACCCCACAGAUCUGGUAAUAUGACAUGAAUACUUGCGUUUUAGUUUUACUAUCUAUUUUCGUUAGCAUUAUAAAUUGGUAUGGGACCUAAGUUUUUGAGCUUCUCUUUGUUGGCUCUGUUGGAGGGUCAGGAUGUUUGUGAUGUCUGUAUUAAACAGGAUGGGGGUUGUUUGGCUUCUUUCACAGAGCAACUACUUUCAAUUAAGCUUAAUCGAUCACAAAUUGAUGCUAUUGAAUCUGUCAUCUCAGCUGUACAAUGUGGGCACGUGAACCUCAUGAAGCUUAUAUGGGGUCCACCAGGUACUGGAAAGACCAAUACAGUUAGCGCUUUAUUGUGGGUUUUGGCAUGUUUGAAAUGCAGAACUCUUACUUGUGCUCCCACUAAUGUUGCUGUCAUUGGAGUUUGCACUCGUUUCCUUCAAAAACUGAAGGAUUUCAAUGAGAUAAUUGAUGAAAAUGGUCUACCCUUUUCUGUUGGAGAUAUCUUGCUGUUUGGAAGCAGGUCUAACAUGGACAUCACCGAGGAUCUUCAGGAAGUUUUCUUGGAUUUUCGCGUCGACCAACUUGCGGAAUGCUUUUCAUUGUCGUCUGGAUGGAACUACAGAAUAGCUUCAAUGGUAUCCUUUUUUGAAGACUGUGCUUCACGGUAUGAUAUGCUUCUUGAGGAUGAUGACAAAAUUGGUCCAGUGUGCUUUCUGGACUUCAUGAAGAAGCAAUUUGAUGCAACAGCAAUAGCUCUGAAAAGAUGCAUAAUGAAUUUGUGGGUUCACCUUCCUGGAAGGUGCUUUUCUCAUGAUAGUGUCAUAAAUAUAUCUACGUUGCUUAAUAUGCUGGAAAAAUUUGG